AAACAGCAACUGUAAACGAAAUCGAAAUCCAAACCGAAAGCAAACACCUACAGAAACAGAAACAGAUACAAAAUGAUACAACCAAGCAGACAGCAAAUUUUCACGCUGACCCUAUGCAGCGCCAUUUGUCUGAUCAGUGCCAUUCCCUUGCCCCAACCUCAGCCGGCUGGCAACCAGGAACUGGAUGUACUGCAAAUUCCCUUGGCGAAUGGCAAGGAAAUCGAUGUGCUAUCACUUGGGGCCAAAGAUCAAGAACAAUUGAUAGCCGAUCGGAACAAACGAACAAUUGGUUUGCUGCGUGAACUAUUCCCUGAUAUAACAAAGAACGGCGCCACCGAUACACAAAUCGAUCUAUCGGCCAUUAACAAACAACUCGAGGAGACCAUUCGUGUGGCCCGACAGGUUAAGGAGGCAGAAGCCGCUGCUGCAGCUGCCUCCUCCGCCUCAUCACCCGUUGCCCAGGCCCCCAUUCCCUUAAAGUCCAAUGAACCCAUCCAAUUGAGUUUCAACAAUGAGUUGCCCUCGGUGAAUGUAGCCGGUUCCGGUUCCGCCACAGAUGUCAAGGCACUGAGCACAAACGAUUUACAAUUAUCGGAAUCGAAAUCGCCAGCUAUCGAUGAAUUGACUUUGGAUUCGGCAGAAGAAACAGCCGAUUUAGAUGAUCGUAAUAAGAGUAAUCUUUUCAAAAGGUUCCUAAGCUUUGGCGGUGCAGGUCUAGCUGGUGGCUCUAGCGGCGGUGGUGCCGGAGCAUCGCCCAGUGGUAAUAGUUUGGGUGCUGGCGGCUCAGGCAACUUUUUGCUGGAUGUGGUGCGACUAUUCUCGGGUAGUGUACAAACACAACAGGGAGAUGAAGCGGCCAACAGUGUGGGCGGUGGUGCAAGCAGCAGCAGCAGCACAGACGACACCGAUGCCAGUGGCGAUAGCCAACGUACAGCCGAUGGCUAUACUGAGGGUAUUCCCGGCCCUGUGACACGUCUGGUUGUAUUGGCCAAUCGUGGACUGGCUAAUUUGGUGCAGGACUUGAUAUUGCGUGUUGCCGCAACCAGCGAGAAGUUUGUCAACUUUAAGGCCAAAUUGAUAACGGCGUUGAUUUAGGCUGCAGCGGAAUCCACUAACCCAUACAUACCGCUUCCUGGCCACGCCCUCGCCGCCGCCCUCACGUUUUUAGUCAAGUGAAAUUCAAUUGUACAGAGUCAAACCAUAAAGAAAAUCUCAAAGUUCUUCUCGCUCUCGCUUUCUCUCGCCCUCUCUCUCUCUCUCUCUGUCUCUGUCUAUAUCUCUCAAUCUGUCGCCUUUGUUUCCCUAUCUCUCAACAUACACCACCCCCCCCCAAACACACACACACACAUUACCCACACAAGCCCACACACAUUAAUUUUCUAUUUUGGCGAUGUAAAAAAGAAAAAUUUUAAUAAUUUUUUAGUAAAUUUUACAA